CAUCUUCUUCCAAAACCAAUCCAUCCAUCAUACCCAUUGGAAUAUAAUAUUCCCCUCCAAUCCCCAUUACUCUCCCUCUAAAGCAAGAAUUAGACUAAUAUUCUUGCUACGGAGGUGAAAAAUGAAUUCCACCCUUCCUUCCUUCCCCUUUAAAUACCUCCUCCCCACCAUUCUCUUCAUGACACCACCCAAUUUUCCCUCCCAAUCACCUACGUCUCCAAUUCCGACCAUCAACAAUGGCUCUCAAAGCCGUCCACGUCUCCGACGUUCCUCAUCUCGAUCAAGUCUCGGAAAACACCGCAUUAUCCAUGUGUUCCCCUUGCUUUUCUAAUUGUGUUAAUGACGAUGAAAAUGCAAAGUGCGGUUUUAAAUUUCUCAAAUUUGUGGUGAUGGGGCACAGAGGGAGUGGGAUGAACAUGUUGCAAUCGCCAGACCGGAGAAUGAAAUCGAUCAAGGAGAAUUCAAUCCGCUCCUUCGACGCCGCCGCUAGUUGCCACAUUGACUUCAUCGAAUUCGAUGUUCAGGUCACAAAAGAUGACUGCCCAGUCAUUUUCCAUGACAACUUCAUCCUCACUCAAGCCAAGGGUGCCAUUGUAGAGAAGAGAGUUACAGAUAUUGCUCUGGAUGAGUUUUUCUCAUAUGGACCCCAGAAAGAGACUGGGAAUGUGGGGAAGCCACUAUUUAGAAAAACAAAAGAUGGGAGAAUCUUUGAAUGGAAGGUUGAGAAAGAUGAUCAUCUAUGUACGUUGCAAGAGGCUUUCCAGAAGCUAGACCAGUCAGUGGGAUUCAAUAUUGAAUUGAAGUUUGAUGAUCUUAUUGUCUAUAAGGAGGUUGAACUCUCGCACAUACUUAAAGUCAUCUUGAGGGUUGUGUUUGAGCAUGCAAAGGAUAGACCCAUCAUCUUCUCAAGCUUUCAACCUGAUGCAGCCCUGUGGGUUAGGAAAUUGCAGGGCACCUACCCUGUAUUUUUUCUUACUAAUGGGGGAUCCGAAAUUUACACUGACAUAAGAAGGAAUUCAUUGGAUGAGGCUAUCAAGUUGUGCUUGGCUGGUGGCUUGCAAGGGAUUGUAUCUGAAGUCAGGGCCAUGUUUAGAAAUCCAGGUGCAGUUCCCAGAAUAAAAGACUCCAAGCUUGCCCUCAUAACCUAUGGCCAAUUGAACAAUGUGCCAGAGGUUGUGUACAUGCAACAUCUAAUGGGCAUCGGGGGAGUUAUUGUCGACUUAGUCAAGGAGAUCACAGAAGCGGUAUCUGAUAUAACGAGUCUCACCAAGGAAGGUGAAGAAGAAGAAGAAAAAGGUUGCUUACUUGAAGAGAAAGGGAAAGCGGAAGUGAGAGGAACGCUCAUGCUUGCUGAAACUCAUACCAGAAUUGAUUCAACCUUGAUUCAUGAGCAUAACACAGUAAACUAGUCCAUGAAAACAUGACAUUUUGUUUCUUUAAACAUUCCAUCAAGUAGAGCAUGUACACUAAAUACAUGCUACUAGUGUGCCUUGCUUCCAUCCCUUAACUUUGUACUGAUUAAUUCUUAACUGUUGUUUGUAGUUUUCAGUUUGUAACCUGAGAGUAUCCAGCCUACAGAGGUGGCUUCUUGUUGUAAUCUUUUGUGUUCUUUUGUUGCACAGUGAAAUGAAAUUUACUCAUCUUC